UCGACUGCACAGUUCUUUCUGCACCACUGGGGUGGCAGGUCGCGAAAACAGUCCACGAUUCACCCUCAAAAAAACCCAUUAAUUUACCCUCCCGAGUUGACAGACAUCGACAGCCAUGGGGGACAUGUUCCGGAGCGAGCAGAUGGCCCUGUGCCAGCUGUACAUCCAGCCCGAGGCGGCCUAUGCCUCCAUUGCGGAGCUCGGCGAGCGAGGCUGUGUCCAGUUCCGAGAUCUAAACGAGGAGGUCAGCUCCUUCCAGCGCAAGUACGUCACGGAGGUGAGACGCUGCGACGACAUGGAGCGCCGUCUGCGCUAUGUGGAGGCUGAGAUGAAGAAGGACGAGAUCGACUUACCGCUGCUGUCCGCUGAGGACGAGCCGGCCGCACCCAAUCCACGCGAGGCUGUCGAUCUGGAGGCGCAGCUGGAGAAGACGGAGAACGAGCUGCGCGAGAUGGCGGCGAACGGGGCCAGCCUGAAGGCCAACUUCACGCACAUGGAGGAGCUGAAGUGUGUGCUGGAGAACACCGAGGGCUUCUUCUCCGACCAGGAGAUCAUCAACCUGGACUCCAACCGCCUGGUGGAUCCCAACGAUCCCACCCAGCAGCCGGGCGGACAGCGCGGACAGCUGGCCUUCGUGGCUGGAGUCAUUAAGCUGGAGCGCUUCUUCUCCUUCGAGCGAAUGCUGUGGCGCAUCUCGCGCGGCAACAUCUUCCUGCGCCGCUGCGACAUCGAGGGACUCUGCGACGACGAGGAGUCGGGUCGGCCCGUGCUGAAGACUGUCUUUGUGGCGUUUUUCCAGGGCGAGCAGCUGAAGCAGCGCGUGAAGAAGGUCUGCGCGGGGUACCAUGCCUCCGUCUAUCCCUGCCCCAGCGCGCAUGCCGAGCGGGCAGACAUGAUCAGGGACGUGAACGUGCGCCUGGAGGACCUCAAGCUGGUGCUCAAUCAGAGCGCGGAUCAUCGCUGCCGCGUGUUGACCUCCGCGGCGAAGCAUCUGCCCCGCUGGUCCAUCAUGGUGAGGAAGAUGAAGGCCAUCUACCACAUCCUGAACUACUUCAAUCCGGAUGUGACGGGCAAGUGCCUGAUUGGCGAGGGUUGGGUGCCGGCCCAGGAUCUGACCACAGUGCAGGAGGCACUGGCGCGCGGCUCCAAGCAGUCGGAGAGCUCCAUUCCGGCCUUCAUGAAUGUGAUCGACACAAACGAGCAGCCGCCGACGUACACGCGAACGAACAAGUUCACCAAUGGCUUCCAGAACCUGGUCGACUCCUAUGGCAUGGCCUCGUAUAGGGAAGUGAAUCCUGCCCUGUAUGCGUGCAUCACGUUCCCCUUUCUGUUUGCCGUGAUGUUCGGGGAUCUGGGACACGGCAUCAUCUUGGUUCUAUUCGCUGCAUUUCUGAUCAUCAAGGAGAAGAAGCUGGCCGCCAUCAGGGAGGAGAUCUUCAACAUCUUCUUCGGCGGUCGCUACAUCAUCUUCCUGAUGGGCCUCUUCUCCAUCUACACGGGCUUCAUCUACAACGAUGUCUUCUCCAAGUCGAUGAACAUCUUCGGCUCCGGCUGGAACAUGAACUACACGGAGGCCGUGAUGACCGAUCCAACCCUCAAGUAUAUUACGCUGCGACCCAACGACACCUUCUUCAAGACCUAUCCCCUGGGCAUGGAUCCCAUUUGGCAGCUGGCCGACAACAAAAUCAUCUUCCUGAACACCUUCAAGAUGAAGCUUUCGAUCAUCUUCGGCGUGCUGCACAUGGUCUUCGGUGUCUCCAUGUCCGUGGUGAAUUUUAUACACUACAAGAAGUAUGCCAGCAUCUUUCUGGAGUUCCUGCCGCAGGUGCUGUUCCUGCUGCUGCUCUUCGGCUACAUGGUCUUCAUGAUGUUCUUCAAGUGGGUCGUCUACAACGACACCGUGGAGGGUCCCCUGUCGCCGGCCUGUGCGCCCUCCAUUCUCAUUCUGUUCAUCAACAUGAUACUGCAGGGAAAACAGGACACGCCCGAGCCCUGCGAAGAGUUCAUGUUCGACGGGCAGAAGUCCAUACAGAUGGUCUUUGUGGUUAUCGCGAUCAUCUGCAUUCCCUGGAUGCUGCUGGGCAAGCCGCUCUACAUCAUGAUGAAGCGCCGGGGCAGUCCGCCGCCGCUGCCCAAGCCACAGGAAAGUGCCGCGGCAGCAGAUCACGGCGUUGGCCAUGGGGAGGACGAACCAAUGGGUGAAAUCUUUAUCCACCAAGCCAUACACACUAUUGAGUACGUGCUGAGCACGGUCUCCCACACGGCCUCGUACCUUCGUCUCUGGGCGCUGUCCCUGGCUCAUGCGCAGCUCUCCGAAGUGCUGUGGAACAUGGUGCUCGCAAAGGGUUUCAUCUUUGACAGCUACGUGGGUGCCAUUGGCGUUUAUUUGGUGUUUGGUGCCUGGUCGGCGCUGACUGUCGGCAUUCUGGUGCUCAUCGAAGGACUCUCCGCCUUCCUGCACACGCUCCGCUUGCAUUGGGUGGAGUUUAUGAGCAAGUUCUAUGAGGGCGCUGGUUACGCCUUCGAGCCGUUUGCCUUCAAGACCAUUCUGGUGGACGAGGAGGACUAGAGAGACUCCGAGAGACUUACACACACACACACAGACAGA